GCCAGAUGACUCGGCGCCCGCUCCUGCCAGAUGACUCGGCGCCCGCUCUCCUGCCAGAUGACUCGGCGCCCGCUGUCGAGCUUGGUGACUCGGCGCCCGCUGUCGUGCCAGGUGACUCGGUGCCCGCUGUCUUGCCAGAUGGCUCGGUGCCCGCUGACUUGCCAGAUGACUCAGUGCCCGCUGACUUGCCAGAUGACUCGGUGCCUGCUGUCGUACCAGAUGACUCGGUGCCCGCUGUCGUGCCAGGUGACUCGGUGCCCGCUGUCUUGCCAGAUGACUCGGUGCCCGCUGUCGCGCCAGAU